CACCGGCUGUGAUUUCAAAGCUGGCUGCCUCAGGUGAGUAGGUGGGUGUUGUCUGUCUCAAGGCUGUUGUCGGCCUGUAUCACAGUGGUCACUGCUGUCCUAAUUUGGGAUGGCGACUUCUCAGAAGUUAACAGACCACUUUCUGACAUGUACAAUAUGUACAGAGGUGUUUGACAACCCAUGCACACUUGCGUGUAAUCACACCUUCUGUCGGAAAUGUGUCAUCAGCUACACCAAAACCAAACCAGAAGCCAUCAGUGCCAAGUCUCUUCAAUGUCCAUUCUGCAGUAAGAUAACGAAAGUGUCUGACCCUGGCAGACCAGUGGAGGAGUGGGCGGAUGACGUCAAGCCAAGCUUUGUCAUCCAGGGACUGUUGGACUCAUUUGGCCCUGGAUCUAAAGAUACAACUAACUGCCGUUAUUGUAAGGAAGAAGGGGAGACAACCCUUGCUACCUCUUGCUACCUCUUGCUACCUCUUGGUGCUCUGUCUGUGACGACGCCCUCUGUGAACGAUGUGUAUGGAUGCACAAUCGCCAUCCAUCCUCCCGUCACCAUGACGUAGUCGGCAUGUCUCCAGAGGUCAAGGUCAGAAGAAGAAGGCAAGUGUUUAUGUGUAAAGAUCACAAGGAUGAGGUUAUAAAAUUAAUGUGCAAAGACUGUAAGAAAGCAGUUUGUCAAACAUGUUGUAUUAUCUAUCACAGAAAUUGUAGAUGUGUUGUCGAAAUUGAGUCAGAAAUAUCAGCAAUGAAAUCAGAGCUGGAAAAGAAUAAACAUAAUUUGUUGGAGAGGUGUGCUGAGAUAAAAACACUCGUUGACAAACUGAAAACAACAUCCAAAGAGGAAUCAAAGCAUUAUUUACAAAUGGAGUCUGACAUUAAGUCUGCCACAAACAAAGCGAUUGAUAUGCUGAAACAGAAGGAAAAGAAGCUUCUCAUUGAGCUGAAAGAGAUGUCAUACAAACACAUAGGUCAGUUGAAAGCAGACAUAGAGUCAGGAGAGAUGUCAGUACAGGUGUACCAACAACAGGCUGAGGUGAUAGACCAGGCUCUACAGUCUGAGUCUGACAUGGACGUGUAUGAGAUGUAUCAGGGACGUGAGGCCGUUGAUGUGGACGCUGUUACAGACGUGAAGGAGAGGGGGAGAAUAACCAGAACCGUUUUCAGACAGGACACAGGACAGCUGAGUAGAGCACUGGAUGAUCUACAGCUGGGUGAGAUUGAUGUCCAGUAUGAGAGUGUGCUGGACAUGAAGGCAACUCCUAUGUUACACAACACUAUUAACGCCACAGUCGGAGACACUGAAGAAGCAAGUCUUUUAGACAUCACAGUGGUUGUUGUGAAUGGUGUAGAUACGGUCGUUUUCACAGACGGCAACAACAAAAGUGUGAAGUCCUUCUAUACAAGUAAUGACAAAGUAUGCCACAGUAAACUCAGACUGCGUGCCAGACCGAGCGGUAUAACAAGGCUGAAACACAACCAGGUGGCUGUCACUGUGCCGGUUUCCAGACAGAUUGUAACAGUUGAAGUCAACCCCGACCUGGUGCUGCUGUCAACCAUCACAACCAGCAAAAAGUACUUCGGUAUAACGUCUCUGACACCAUCAACAGUAGCCGCAGGUUCCGAUUCCCCUCCCUGUAUUGAUAUCCUAGAUAUGACGGGACACGUGAUGAGGAGUAUCAGUCCACUCUGCAAUGGAAACAACAUAUUACAACGACCAUCAUUCCUCUGUACUAUGAGUAAAGGAAACAUCCUUGUGUCUGACUGCUUGUCCACGUGUGUUAUAUGUUUGACCCCUUGGGGAGAUGUGGUGUUCACCUACAGCCCUACAGGAGCCACAGCACUGGAGCAUCCAGUUGGUAUCACAGCUACCAGCACAGGUGACAUCCUGGUUGUAGACUACUUUCUAGGCAGGGUCAUCCAUCUGACUGAGUCGGGGAAGUUUGUGAGAAAUAUUCUGACAUCCCAGGAUGGUAUUGAAGAUUCCACGGGUCUGUGUCUAGAUAGGUGUGGCAACAUGUACGUGUGCAUGUCAAAUGUGGUUAAGAUUUUCUCACUGCACUAGAUGGGGAGUGGACUAAACCAAGUUUUGUUAUA